AGCUCUUGUUAUUAAACGCUGCUCUGAUUAAUCGGGGCUGUGCUGGGGAGAGAGGUUUAGCCUGACCGCGUCAGUGCGGGUUUAUAUCGCGGUACCGGCGCUGCAGCAGGUUUAUGUUCGUGGCUUGUUUGGAGAAAUGAGAGAAAAACAGCGGAGUGUUUAAGCUAACACAUUAGCUUUGGCGCUAAUGACGAUUUAAAGCCGGGCACGAGCGAUGGAUUAAAUCACACUGAACAACUGGAACUCCUAAUCACCAUGGCGACUAUUAUCUGAAGGAUGACGACAGCAGCGCGGCCCACGUUCGAGCCCGCUCGCGGUGGGCGGGGCAAAGGAGAGGGCGACCUGAGCGCGCUCUCGAAACAGUACUCGAGCAGAGACCUGCCGGGACACACCAAGAUCAAAUACAGGCAGCCCACCCAGGACGCCCCUGAGGAAGUGCGCGCUCGUGAUUUCAGGCGUGAGCUGGAGGAGAGAGAGAGAGCAGCCGUCAAGACCAGAGAGAGAGGAGCGAGAGAACACACCUCCUCUUCUUCCUCCUCCUCUUCCUCGUCUAAGCGCCCUCGCCUCGAUCAGAUUCCCGCCGCAAACCUCGACGCAGACGACCCUCUCACUGACGAUGAUGAGGACUCUGACUCCGCCUCUGACAGUGAUGACGACACCGCCGCCCUGCUGGCCGAACUCGAGAAGAUCAAGAAGGAGAGAGCAGAAGAGCAGGAGAGGAAGGAGCGGGAGCAGAAGGCAGAGGAGGAGAGGAUCCGGAUGGAGAACAUUCUGAGUGGGAAUCCACUGCUCAACCUCGCUGGGCAACAAACACACACACAGAACACCUUCACUGUCAAACGCAGGUGGGACGAUGACGUGGUCUUUAAAAACUGUGCUAAAGGUGUGGACGAGUCUCGGAAGGAGAAGCGUUUCAUUAACGACACGCUACGCUCCGAAUUCCACAAAAAGUUUAUGGAGAAAUACGUCAAAUAACCUACAUGACCUUUGACCUUUUAUUCUGUUUCACAUUUUCUUUUUAUUGUUCUUAUGAUUUAUGUUUGUUUUUGUUGGUUAAUGUGUGUAAUUAAAGCUUUUGAUCUCUUUA